AUGGAGGAGUGGGAGUAUUUAGAAGGACACAAGGACCUCUACAAGGACAUCAUGAUGGACAAUCAGCCGCCCCUCACAUCACCGGGUAAGAGGAGACUUUAUUGUAAAGGUUGUAAAAUGGAAGAUGAGGACAUCCCAGGAGAUUGUGUCGGAGAAAAGACACAGAGAUCUCACAAGGUUGAGAAGCCUUAUGUAUGUUCUGGGUGUGGAAAAUAUUUUCUUCAUAAAUCAGAUCUCAUCAUACAUUACAGAUCUCAUACGGGGGAGAAGCCGUAUAACUGUGAAGAGUGCGGGAAAUGUUUUACACAGAAGGCUAGCCUUUCCAGGCAUCAGAGAUUGCACAGGGGCGAGAAGCGAUAUGCCUGCAAGGAGUGCGGGAAAUGUUUUUCACAGAAAUCAGAUCUCGUGGCACAUCAAAGAUCUCACACAGGGGAGAAGCCAUAUUCCUGCCUCGAGUGUGGUAAAUGUUUCUCUAAUAGGCCCAAUUUUUCCAGACAUCAGAGACUGCACACGGGCGAGAAGCCGUAUACUUGUCCUGAGUGCGGGAUGUGUUUUUUCAGAGAAGGCCUAUCUUACCUCACAUCAAAGAUCUCACACAGAUGGAAGAGGUUCUCCUGCACUGAGUGCGGGAAAUGUUUCCAUUAUAAAUCCCGCCUUAAUGUGCAUAAAAGAUCUCACACGGGGGAGAAGCCGUAUUCCUGUAAUGAGUGCGGGAAGUGUUUCCAUUCUAAAUCUGACCUUAAUGCACAUAAAAGAUCUCACACAGGGGAGAAACCGUAUUCCUGUCCUGAGUGCGGGAAAUGUUUUGUACACAAAACACAUCUUGUUAUACAUCAGAGAUCUCACACGGGGGAGAAGCCGUAUUCCUGUCCUGAGUGCGGGAAAUGUUUUUCACGGAAGUCUAAUCUUUACACACAUCAGAGAUCUCACACGGGGGAGAAGCCGUUUUCCUGCCCUGAGUGCGGGAAAUGUUUUAUACACAAAUCACAUUUUGUCAUACAUCAGAGAUCUCACACGGGAGAGAAGGUGUAUUCCUGUCCUGAGUGCGGGAAAUGUUUUUCAAGCAACUCCCGUCUUUACACACAUCAGAGACUGCACACAGGCGAGAAGCCAUAUUCUUGUCCUGAGUGCGGGAAAUGUUUUUCACAGAAGGCCCAUCUUUACAAACAUCAGAGACUGCACACGGGGGAGAAGCCGUAUUCCUGCCCUGAGUGCGGGAAAUAUUUUGUACAAAAAUCAGAUCUUGUCGUACAUCUGAGGUUUCACACGGGGGAGAAGCCGUAUUUAUGUUCUGAGUGCGGGAAAUGUUUUGUAAAAAAAUCAGAUCUUGCCACGCAUCAAAGGUCUCACACGGGGGAGAAGCCGUAUUCUUGUCCUGAGUGCGGGAAAUGUUUUUCACAGACGUCCAAUCUUUACAGACAUCUCAGACAGCACACGGGGGAGAAGCCACGUUCCUGUCCUGAGUGA